CUGACCAACAAUCCAAGUCUCUUACAACCACCAUGGCCUUUACUCUGCAGCUCGGGACUCCGGUCAACACCGCACUUUUCGUCUUCAUCCUAUAUACUGUGCAGAAGAUCGUCUAUCCCAGUGUCUCUCGCUCAAAGCAGAUCCCGAACGAAUUCAAAGCCGGGUACUCGUGGUUACCCAAGUCCCACCCACCGACGGUGCUGUUCAAAACGUACACUCCGAAGUCGCUAGAGCCCUUCAGUGGAAGGGAUGGAGGGCGAAUCCUCCUGGCCAUAAACGGGAUCGUGUUCGACGUGACUGCGGGGCGCAACUUCUACGGUCCCGAUUCAAUGUACGGAAACUUCGCAGGCCGGGACGCGUCCCGGGGGAUGGCGAAGCAGUCAUUCGACGCCGAAAUUCUGACACCAGUUGACCAGCCCCUGGACAAGCUGGAUGAUCUUCAGCAAGAUGAAAUUGACAACAUGAAAGGCUGGAUCGAGCAUUUCUCGAACAAAUACAUCAUCUGUGGCAAACUUGUCGAAAACAAUGCUGUUUAAGCUGAUGUCGAUUUCUAUCUUUGUGUAUCACUGUAAAAUCAUAGUUUCGCGUGCAUAUCCAUUUACUUAGACUUUCCUUAUGCUGCGAAUCAGUAAAGACCGCCAAACUUUG